AUGGCUCUCCAAAUCGACGAAGCCGAGCUGCUCAAAGCAUACAACCUCGACACGCUCGAGCCCACCACCUGGCAUACCACCGAGAUCGAGGCCGGCGACAAGGACAAUGCUGCAUCCACCGGCGUCGCUGACGAACCCGACCCGCUCGGCUUGCGUAACUCGAUGGCAGCCUUCCGCGCGCUCCCCAAAACGGUCAAGACGCAGACCUCCAUGUCAUCCAAAGCAUUCGACGCAAAGAUCUUCCUCUCCACAGUUCAUCCCGAUGCAACCUUCGCGGAUCUAAAUCGCGGCAUCCAGCACCUCAAAGCAAGCAUCGGCCAACGCUCCGAGGCGCUCAAAGUGCUCGUCGAGGACAACUUUGACCGCUUCGUCGCGGUCAAGGCCACCACCGAUGGCGUAUAUCGCGAGAUGCGCGAAACUGAUUCCGGACCACUUCGACCACAGGCUGACUACGGUGUGGCCAAUCUCAAUGGCAUCCUCGCCAAUGCAUCGGCCAAGGCGGACCAGGUCUUCAUGCCCGUGCUCGAGAACAAUCUCAAGACGAUCAAGCUCCGGUCGACGCUGGGCGUGUUUGAACGGUCCAAGUUCUUCUUCAACUUGCCCGGGUCGCUAUCGGAAGCGGUCGAGCUGGGCAGGUACGACGUGGCACUGCGCGACUACAAGAAGGGCAAAUAUCUGCUCGACAGCAGACCGGGUCAGCUGUUGGCCGUAGGCUCUAAGGCCGAAUCGGCGGGGGGCGCGAGAAAUGACAUUCAACAGAAGCGCGUCUUUGCCAAGGUGUGGGAUGCGGUGGAAGCCACCAUGAAGGAUAUGCAGUCCAAACUGACGGCUCAGCUGAGGGAGCCACGGCGGAGUGUAGACGAGCAGGAAAAGACGAUCGAGAUCCUGCUCGAGCUCGAUCCGACCGACGAUCCGGUGUCGAUCUUCCUCGAGGCGCAGCAUCAGCAUCUCCGGAGUGUCAUGCGUAAGACGUUCGAUGCUGGUGUGGCGCGCAUCGAGACGGCGAAGUCGGCAUCGCGGCCUUCCAGCAGUGCCGCAGACCGCGAUCAUGCGAGGGACUUGCAGAAAAGCAUGCGGCUGACGGGUCGAUUGGACGCCUCUUUCGACAAGUGCACGGGCGCCGAAACCUGGAAGGCCAUCUACGAUCUUGUCAAAUCGCUCUCCGAGACGAUGCUAGCCUCCCUCCCGAGCUUCUGGAGAGUCGCCAAGAACCACGCCGAAGGCAAAUUCACGAAAGCCAAAAUCCGGGUCGGUGCCCCCUCCUCCUCCGCCACCCCCACCGGCAUGUCAGCUCAGAACAAAGCCUGGGCCUCCGAAGCCCUCGACGCAUAUAUCAGCCUCAUCUCGCAUCUCUUCUCCCUGACAGAUAUGACCAUCCUCAUCCGUCAACCCCUCCCAACCGCCCUCCCGGACUGGGUUCCAUCGGGCACAUCCUCACCCACCGCCGCGCACUACCUCCGCGAGACGCUCACCCACCUCGUCGAAGCCUGCAACGACCUCGCCUCGCUCGGCAUCGUUUCUGCGAGCUCGCUCCGCAGCUUACUCACCAACACGCGGUUCAGCUUUGUGCAGGCGCUCUGCAUUCUCUGGCAGUCGGAUGCGAAACUCAUCCACAUGCUCGAAGACUGGACGUUGAAUCCGGACGAGCCGGCCACCACCUUGCAUCUGCGCGACCUUGCGGCAUUUCACAAAUCCAAUGCCCGGUCAGCGUUCCACCUCGCCGGCGGUCGAUCACCGUCCACACCCGUCUCAGCGCUGGAGGCGACCCGCAAGACGCGCAGCGAGCAACCUGUCGCACCCGAGUUCACGUCUCGCAUCAAGGGCGCGUUUCUCGAUGCGCUCUACGCCUUCCUCGACGGGCUGGUGCAUCUGGCGUUUGCAGAGUACGCACCACUUGACCCACGAAGUGCGCUGUCGACCCUCCCAACAGGGGCAGGCGAGGCGGUGGACGUACGCGACCUCGACACGCGUGUCCUACUUAGCGUGGCCAACCUCGCCCAUCUCUCGGGGACCAUCAUCCCUUCCCUCGUCAAGCAGUUCUCCGACGCAUACGCCACCCCGAUGUCCGAAGACCUGUCGACACUCUCCGAAGUCUCCAUGCAACUGGACGGGAUUCUAUUCAGCGACUACCUCGGACGCAAAUCCUCGCUCAUCGAGGGGAUCUUGUCGCACGGCAUCGUGCAUUCGGACUGGUCGGCCAUUCCACGACCCACGACACUGCACACGUUCGUCUACCAGUCCCUUCUAGCGCUGGUUCAAGUUCACGCACAUGUCCGGGCCACUGCGCCACCCCUGGUGACGCGCACCAUUACCGCUCUCGUCGACAGCCUGACGAACACCACUCUGUCGUGCUUUCGUGACAUCUCGCAAUUUGGAAUGGGCGGAAUGCUACAAGCGACCCUCGAGAUUGAGUUUCUCCACCAAACACUCAGUGCGUAUAUAAGCCCCCAGGCGGAGACGACGCUCAAGGAGGUGUACGAGACCAUUUCGUUGCGCUACAAGCGUGCCGGGGAACGGGAGCAGGAGGAAUUGACGAGGGAGUUGGAGCGGGUGAAGGGCAUUCUGGUGCAGAGCAGGAAGGCGACCGCGUUGGAGUUUUUGUGCUUCCGACGGACCAAAGGGAAGGAGGACGGCGUCGUGGGGUGA